GAACUGAUAGUUUUUCAUAUUUUUUAUUCGAAACGUUUUAUUCCAGUUCAAGUCUUUAAAAUGGGUGUUACAACGGAAAUUGUAGAUCAUGACGACCAGAAAGACAAGAACGCAGGAUGGGCCGACGCGAUGGCCAAAGUUUUGGUGAAGCAAGGACCAAAAGAUGCAGAAACUGUGAUCCUUCCAAAGAAAACGGAUGUUGCCUCUGAUGAAGAAGACGAAGAGGAAAAUAAACUGGAAAGAAAACGGAAGAUAAAUAAAAAGAGAAAAUGGGAAGGCAUGAAUUUUGUGAAACCAAAUGUUCUUGAGAAAGAUUAUGAACGGAGUCUACAAAAAGUAGCAACAAGGGGAGUAGUGCAACUGUUCAAUGCUGUGAAGAAACAUCAGAAACAAAUGGAAGAGAAAUUAAAAUCGGUGACGACUGAAAGUAAAAAGGAGAAAGUAAUACAAGAUGUUGAUAAAGGAAAGUUCCUUGAUAUGUUGAAAGGUGAUAUAGGUGCACCAGCAAACAAGUCUUUCAAAGAUGAUGAAGAGGACAAACCAUGUUGGAGUGUCCUCCGUGAUGACUUUCUACUCGGAAACAAUAUGAAGGAUUGGGAUAAAGAGUCGGAUGAGGAGGUGGGUGAUGUGAAUGAAGGGUCGUGAUGAGAUGAUGUUGAUCUGAUGAGACAAGAGAUGCAGCUCCACGUCAAGGUUGCAAGGUGUUGAAUCAACAGUUGAUCAACAGCAGCAUUAUCAACAAUAACAGAACUUAAUGAUUGAUAUAUUGAUAAGAUUAAAGUAGAAAAAUAUUCAAAAUUUCCUGAGUGGUUAUUUAAAAAAUAACAUUUUGACUUUAGUCGUUUGCGUUUUAUUACACACAAAUUAAUUUUGUUAGGACUUUUUGUACGUUUGUGCAAUGAUUGGUUACGUUCAAUAAAAUAUCAGUAAGAACAAA